UAAGGAAUACCUUUUGUAUACCGAAUUGUUACGACCGUUCCAGGGCGCUGAAUACUAAGUUUGGAUCUUUAAACUUUUUCUAAACGAUUAAAAUAUAUACCGCGUUUGUCGUAACACUUUUAAUUUGUGGAUCAAGAAACCCUGGCUGGACAUAAUUUUUGUGAUUUUAUGAUUUCUUGGGAAUUAUUUUUUGUUUCCUGGUGAUUGACAGUUGGGUUGACAGACAGAGACAUCUUUCUACAGACAGUCUACAAUAAUUCAAAGGAGAGUACAUUUCUGACGAUACAAUUCUCUUCUAGACAUUGUGAGGACGUCCUCACUUAACAGAAUUCAAGACUAUGAAGUUGCCUCGAAGUCUCGUUCAACUCUCAUUGAUAGCGCUGUUUUAUGUCUGUCCGGCAAGCGGUCUGAGCGAGGGAGAAGCGAACGUGUGUGAAAAAACUGUAUCAUACGUACAGGUUUUUACAAAAGUCAUCAGUGUACCGUAUCAAAAAUGUACACAGACAUGGUGUUCUAGUAUCUGGAAUUUGUUUCGGUGCACGCAUUGCUACACUCUCUAUCGGACCGGAUAUAAACAGGAGAAACGAACUUUGUACCGGAAGGAGUACCACUGCUGUGAGGGGUACACGCUGUCUAACGACCAGUGCAUAUCACACUGUAGGUCUGGUUGUGUGAAUGGAGUUUGUGCAGGACCAGACAACUGUAUUUGUAACGAGGGAUGGCGGGGGAUUGACUGCAGCUCUGACUGCCCUCCAGACACCUGGGGUCCUAAUUGUCAGCGGCAGUGCGACUGUAGCGGACAUGGGCAGUGUGACCCAGAUUCAGGACAUUGCAUAUGCGCAGCAGGCUUCACGGGUGAGCGCUGUCAGACGCCGUGCGCGGAGGGUUCAUAUGGUCCAAACUGUCAGCUAAUGUGUCAAUGCCAGAACGGAGCAACAUGCAGCGCCACCAACGGCGCUUGUUUCUGUCCGCCGGGAUAUCAUGGCGCACUCUGUGACAUGCGCUGCCCACCAGAUUCGCAUGAUGCUCAUUGCGACUCUAAAUGUAAAUGUCAGAAUGGUGCUGCAUGUAACACAGAAACCGGAAGUUGUCACUGUAAGCCCGGAUGGACGGGAAACAUCUGUACCGAACCCUGUGGGGAGGGGACGUAUGGGGUUAACUGUGCCCAAACCUGUAGUUGCUAUAACAACGCCACGUGCGACGGAUAUAACGGCACAUGCAUCUGUGGUCCCGGGUAUAUCGGGGAAAAAUGUACUGAGGAAUGCCCAAUAGGAUUUUACGGAAUGUUCUGUUCAAAGCAAUGUCACUGUGAAAAUGGCGGUACUUGUGAUCACAUGACCGGAAGGUGCCGUUGUGUUCCUGGAUUUGUAGGUCCCACAUGUUCCGUUCGCGCAUGUGACGACUGGAAGUUCGGACAAAAUUGUGAUAUUGAAUGUCGUUGCAACACUACACAAUCUGAUAGUUGUCAUCCGGGUACUGGAGAGUGUGUUUGUAGUCCUGGUUACAGUGGGGUCACAUGUAGUGAACCAUGUCCAGCGCCGUAUUAUGGAGACAGAUGUGAGAAACAGUGCAACUGUCAAAAUGGCGCCCUCUGUCAUCACGUGACCGGAGAAUGUCAGUGUAUGGAGGGAUAUACGGGAUACAAGUGUAACAUGACGUGUCCUCACGGUUGGUUCGGUAAGGACUGUUCCCAGGCAUGUCGGUGUCAAAAUGGCGGUGACUGCCACUACAAGUACGGGAAAUGUAACUGCACAGCCGGUUUUACGGGAGGACUGUGUGAACAUACUUGCGAUGCUGGUUUCUAUGGCUACAACUGCAGCAAACAAUGUGACUGUCAGAACGAUGCUUACUGUUUCUAUAGAAACGGAAAAUGCAUGUGUCGACCAGGAUAUGAUGGGGAACAGUGCCAAAACCAGUGCAAGAAAUGGACAUUCGGUAAGGCCUGUGGUCAGCGGUGCGAGUGUGAUCCGGAGAACAGCUAUGGUUGUGGGGCGGAAAACGGCGAAUGCUUCUGUGACCCAUUCUGGUUUGGUGUGAACUGUAAGAGCAAGUGCGGAAACGGAAAAUGGGGAGAAAACUGCGACAAGACAUGCACUUGCCACAACAAGGGGUCAUGUGACCAAGAAACUGGAACUUGCAUCUGCCGGCCUGGAUAUCAGGGCCCUUACUGUACAAAAGCGUGUAACGAGGGUUACUAUGGAAACAGCUGCCGUUUCCAGUGUAAUUGCGCGUCGGACCAGACCUGUGAUCACGUGACAGGACAGUGUAUUGCUAAGACUUGCCCCUCAGGAUUUACUGGCCCGACAUGUCAAUAUCCCUGUCCUACCGGUCGAUAUGGUGUGCGGUGUAACCAGACAUGUUCUGACUGUAAAAAUCAGGGCGUCUGCCACCCUAAGGACGGUUCGUGUAUAUGUGCUCAGGGAUUCCAUGGUGAAAUGUGUGCUAAACCCUGUUUAGAUGGUUACUAUGGCAGCGGGUGUAAAUCUAAAUGUUCCUGUGAAAACGGCGGUAUUUGCAGUAAAGUUGACGGAAGCUGUGAUUGCCAAAAGGGUUUCAUCGGUGCCAGCUGUUCACAGAGUUGUCCUGAAGGAUAUUACGGACAACAUUGUAACAGCACCUGUGAAUGUGGAAACGUGGAAUUCUGUCACCCCGCCUAUGGCUGCCUCAGUCAACCCGGCGUAGCAAAGGUCACAGACGCCACGGACAACGCCCCCGCUAGCAGUUUGAUUGCCGGAAUCACAAUAGCAGUUUUGGUUUUGACACUUAUUAUCGUUAUCAUGUUUAUUUACUACAAGAGACGAAUGGGCCGCCUUAAGUCAGAAAAUAGAGCCGUCAUGCAGUACAUCCAGUCCACAGAAGGGGCAGACUCAGAAGGCAAUCUGCCUGUGGCGGGGAUAAACAACCCAAUGUACGUGUCGGACAACCAAAAUGUCACUAAUAUAGAACGGGAGAUACAGCGCCAACAACGAGAUAGCAAACACCAACGUCCAACUUCCUGUAGUCAAAAUGAGGCUCCCUGUGAUUUAACCAAUGAUUUAACAGUAGCAAAAAAUGUAGGGUGUUCUACAUUUGGCGCAUGCGCCUCUGAUAAUCAGUAUGACGAUGAAAAUGACGUGGAUCGAUACACAACAUUAAAGGACUUUCAGGCGAAGUUAGAGGAUAUAAAUAGAACUGAAAAUGCAGCAUGUGCCAAAUUGGACGCCAAGCACGGAGACAUGUAUAACAAUUUAAAGGUUAACCUUGACCAUCUGGACACUGUCAAAAAACAAAACAUACCAGACUACGAUAACAUCUCCAUAGAAACAGGUGUCAUGGACAGUGAUUCAGAUGACGAAAGCAACGAGCACCAACCAUCGACGAGCGGGUCAAACUAUGAUAACGUGACAUCCCCUGUGUCUUGUGACGUCACAAAUACAAUUGUCGUUAUAUAUGACACACCAAGAAACACCUCCUCAUCUGGAGCGCUAAAUACACCAGAUGCAAUUCAAUCAGAACUGGAUGAUAUCGCAGAAUCUUAUAAUGACGUAGUUGAUAUUACGUCAUUGUCACGUGGUACCGGUAAUGAUCUUUCUGAUCGCGACAUAAAUGUUUUAUUAGAUGAAAUAGCAAAUUUGUCUUGAAUAUGAUUACAUCAUAUCUAUAUUUAGAAUGUUGCCGACGCAAUAUCAUUACUCUUUUAAAGUUUGAUGUUUGAAUACUUACAUCGAGUUUUACCCACAAUUAUUUUUACAUUAUCGCAAAUACCGUUACUGAAACAUUGAUGACUUGUCAUGAAUUUAACUUUAUAUUCAUGCAGAGCUUCUGAAAGAGAACCAUUGUUCAUAUGUGUAUGUUUCCAUUUGAAAAUGAAUGUAUUAAUUUUUUGCACCGUUUGUGUUUUAUUCUAUGUGAUUGUUGUUGUUAUUGUACAAGUGCUCAUUCAUACAUAUAUCCAUACAUACAUACAUACAUACAUACAUACAUACAUACAUACAUACACAUAUAUAUCUAUACACACAGUUAUUUGACUCAAUGUAACAUAUUUCAGUCACAUGUGUUUUGCGCCUUUAUUUUAGCAAUGGCAAAAGGCUGUUUGUUUUCUAUAAUGUGACAUUUUUAUGUAUUUAUCUUGAUUGUUUUAUUACACAUUGAUAUUGUCUUCCUAUAUUACCUUGUGUGUCUCAUCCACAUCGGGUAUAUCAAACUUGGAUUCCAUUUUGUUUCAUCGGUUUAUCAUGUUAUCCGUUCAAAUGCAUGCGCAUUCAUUACAUUCUACACAAUGGUUACCUUUCCUUAUAUGACUUACACUCGUUAUCGUGACGCAGCUCACGGAACCCAUGGGGACAUUAUGUAACAUGACUUCACUCAGUAUCGUGACGCAGCUCACGGAACCCAUGGGGACAUUAUUUAACAUGACUUCACUCAGUAUCGUGACGCAGCUCACGGAACCCAUGGGGACAUUAUUUAACAUGACUUCACUCAGUAUCGUGACGCAGCUCACGGAACCCAUGGGGACAUUAUUUAACAUGACUUCACUCAGUAUCGUGACGCAGCUCACGGAACCCAUGGGGACAUUAUCUAGCAUGACUUCACUCAGUAUAGUGACGCAGCUCACGGAACCCAUGGGGACACUAUCUAGCAUGACUUCACUCAGUAUCGUGACGCAGCUCACGGAACCCAUGGGGACAUUAUUUAACAUGACUUCACUCAGUAUCGUGACGCAGCUCACGGAACCCAUGGGAACAUUAUUUAACAUGACUUCACUCAGUAUAGUGACGCAACUCACGGAACCCAUGGGGACAUUAUCUAAGAUGACUUCACUCAGUAUCGUGACGCAGCUCACGGAACCCAUGGGGACAUUAUUUAACAUGACUUCACUCAGUAUCGUGACGCAGCUCACGGAACCCAUGGGGACAUUAUUUAACAUGACUUCACUCAGUACCGUGACGAAGCUCACGGAACCCAUGGGGACAUUAUCUAAGAUGACUUCACUCGGAUAAUAUUACCUCAUAUCAUGAAUUCUAUUAUUCUCUGAUGUCAUCAGUCAAUUCACGAUACUUGACGUCUGAGAUAAUGAGUAAACUCACAGAAGUUUUAGUGUUAUUAACUGACAUCAUGACCAUAUACCUCUCAAUGACAUUGUCUGACAUCAUGACUCAUACCAUAGACCUCUAAGUGUUAUUAACUGACAUCAUGACUCAUACCAUCUCAAUGACAUUGUCUGACAUAAUGACUCAUACCAUCUCAAUGACAUUGCCUGACAUCAUGACUUAUAUCAUUGACCUCUCAAUGACAUUGCCUGACAUCAUGACUCAUACCAUUGACCUCUCAAUGACAUUGUCUGACAUCAUGACUCAUACCAUUGACCUCUCAAUGACAUUGCCUGACAUCAUGACUCAUAUCAUCUCCAUGACAUUGCCUGACAUCAUGACUUAUAUCAUAGACCUCUCAAUGACAUUGCCUGACAUCAUGACUCAUACCAUCUCAAUGACAUUGCCUGACAUCAUGACUCAUACCAUCUCAAUGACAUUGCCUGACAUCAUGACUUAUAUCAUUGACCUCUCAAUGACAUUGCCUGACAUCAUGACUCAUGCCAUUGACCUCUCAAUGACAUUGUCUGACAUCAUGACUCAUACCAUUGACCUCUCAAUGACAUUGCCUGACAUCAUGACUUAUAUCAUAGACCUCUCAAUGACAUUGCCUGACAUCAUGACUCAUACCAUCUCAAUGACAUUGCCUGACAUCAUGACUUAUAUCAUAGACCUCUCAGUGACAUUGUCUGACAUCAUGACUCAUAUCAUAGACCUCUAAGUGACAUUGUCUGACAUCAUGACUCAUAUCAUUGACCUCUCAAUGACAUUGUCUGACAUCAUGACUCAUAUCAUAGACCUCUCAAUGACAUUGUCUGACAUCAUGACUUAUAUCAUAGACCUCUAAGUGACAUUGUCUGACAUCAUGACCCAACUCAUAUAAGUUUACAGUGACAUUAUCUCAUACUUGAAUCAACUCACAGAAAUUUACUUUCAUCUUGUUAUCACUUCUAAUUUUCCAAUAAAAUAACAUGCAAUUAUUUAC